AUGGUCGAUACUGGCGCUACGCACAGUCUAAUCGCUCGUUCUACUCUUAACUAUUUUUCACAUCCUCCUAUACAAAAAACGUCUACAACUACCGCGGUACUCGGUGAUGCUUCUACAACCAUCGAUGUUCAUGGUUUUGUUCGUUUGUGCAUCUUCAUUAAUCACAUUCCUACUUUCGCUUCUGUCUUCGUUGUCGAUUCUCUUGGAGUUGAUUUUAUUCUUGGUAUGGACUGGUGCAUUAACAAUGAUAUUCUACUACGUGUUCGUGAACAAAAAGUUAUUGUUCGUCAUCCUUCGCACGGAACCACAGCAGUACAUUUUUUAGAUUCUAUUUCUAUUCCGGUUCGUCUUGCUCAAUCAAUUCAACUUGCUCCUCAUCACGAACAUAUUGUACGUUCAUUUACACCUUUAUCAUUUGCCUCUUGUGUUUCUUAUAUUCCAGAUGGCGUUUUAUGUCGGAGUAAGAAAAUUUAUAUUCCAGAAGCUCUUUUAAAAAUAAAUUGUUUUCACUCCUAUAUUCUGAUUCAUAAUGCUGCUAAUACACCUUGUACCCUACGUAAAAAUACCAUUCUUGGUACUGUUUAUUUUUUUAACACAAAUCCAGCCCCAGUAAACAUUACUGCAUUUCCCCUCUCUCUAUCAUCGCUUUCUUCUAAGUUGCCUCUCAUUUCAUUAUCUUCAAUUCAACCUACUUCUAUCACUAGUAUAUCUGAUGUCGAUUCAGUCCUUCAUGAUUUAGUUCAUCACAUCACCGAUGACACCGAAAAGCGAAUUUUUUUUAAUAUUCUUAAUCGACACCGUCGAAUAUUUGAUAUUUCUAAACCAACAAUAGCUAAAACAAAACUUCCUCAUGUUAUUAUCACCGCUGAUCAUCCUCCGAUUAGUGUUCGCCCUUACUAUCGUACUAUUGAACAACGUAAAGAACUUCAGCACGAAGUCGAUAAGCUUUUGAUGGAUAAUAUCGUCCGACCUUCGACAUCUCCGUGGUCAUCCCCUGUUAUUUUGAAAAAGAAACCUGAUGGUACCUAUCGUUUUUUAGUUGAUUUUCGUCGUCUCAAUUCUAUCACACGGAAAGAUGCUUAUCCCCAACCAUCUGCUGAAGAGUUAAUUUAUCGUCUGUCGGGACACAGUUAUUUUACAAAACUUGAUCUGAGAAGUGGCUACUUUCAAAUUCCCAUUGUUGAAUCAGAUAAAGAAAAAACAGCAUUUGUCACUCCUGAUGGACAUUAUGAAUUUAAUGUUCUCGCUCAAGGUCUGAUGAAUGCUCCAGCAAGUUUUCAACGAGUUAUGAAUAACUUGCUUGCUACUGGUCGUUGGGACUAUGUCGUGAUAUAUCUUGACGACAUUGUUAUUUUUUCUCAUUCACUCGAAGAACAUAAACGUCAUGUUGACGAAAUCCUAUCCAUCCUCGACACUGCACAUUUUAAGGUUUCUCCUCCCAAAUGUACAAUUGCUGCUAAUCAAAUAGAAUUUCUUGGUCACAUUAUUACUUCAAAUACUGUCGAGCCAUGUCGAGAAAAAAUAAAAGUAAUUCUAGAUAUUCCAUCACCGCGCACUCUAUCACAAGCGAAUCGUUUCCUCGGUAAAAUAGGAUACUAUCGAAAAUUUAUUCCCGACUUUGCACGCAUUGCUGCCCCAUUGCAUAAGGUUACCAAUAAAACACGUACCAAACGACAUGAAUUUUAUUGGCAUGAUGAACAACAAGCAGCUUUUGAACAGUUUAAAACCAUUUUGACUACCUCGCCUCUUUUUCUUCAUUUUCCUGAUCCAUCUGUUCCAUUCAUUCUUUCUACGGAUGCGAGUCUCACUCGUAUUGCAGGCGUUCUUAAACAAAAUACUUCUAGUGGUCUUAAAGUGUGUUAUUAUAAAUCUCGUCUAUUGUCUGACAUUGAACAACGAUACUCUGCUACUGAACGUGAAGCACUUGCUAUCUAUUGGUGUCUCGAUCAACUUCGCUCGUACAUCGGUGGUUCUUCCGUUCUUAUUGAAACUGAUCAUCAACCACUUUCCAACAUGCAUAAAAAGCACUCGUUCCGUAAUAAACGUAUUGAUAAUUGGCUUUUAAAGUUGCAAGAUAUUUUACCUCAAAUUAUUGCGAUCAAAUAUCGUAGAGGUGUCGAUAAUGUUGGACCUGAUUUUUUAACUCGAUAUGAUCCGUUUGAUUCUUCGUCAAUCAUUGAGUCUCCUUCCUCUUAUUGUACUGAUUCUUACGACAAAUCUUCUAAAAUUUCUGUACCUCUUCCCCAACGUAAUUGUCACUCUAAUUCUUCUUUAAUUGAUUCUGAUUGGCCGUCCGGUACAGAAACAUGGGAUUCGAUUGUAGUUUCACCAGUAAUCACUCGCUCUAAGGUCCGUGCAAUUUCUCAUCUCUCCCCUACUGCACCGCUCGAUCAAUCCCCUGCUACUGUUUUAACUGAUGAAGAUUCCGAAGAAUAUUACGAUGCUCUUACUGAUAUGCCUACUCCUUGCGUUUCUCCUUCUACUACAACUUUGUUACCUUCCGAUCAUAAUACGGUCGAUUUUAGCUUUUCGCGUAUUAAAACAGAACAACAUUCUGAUCCUGAUAUUUUCUCUAUAAUUAAAAGUUUACAAGAUAAUCCUUCUAAUCCUCACUUUGUUCUACAGGACGACAUCCUCUUUCGUAUUCUUUCCAGUUCAGACACUGAUCCACAUUCUCGUGUACCUGUUCUUCCAAAGUCUCUCAUUUCAUCGAUGCUUCAUACAUAUCACGAUCACCCUUUAAGUGGACAUUUUGGUGUUCAUCGUACGUUAGCACGUAUUCGUACCCAAUUUUGGUGGCCUAAUAUGCGUCGAUCUGUACAAAAUUAUGUUGCAUCUUGUGCACAAUGUGUUCGCCACAAUAUUGUUCGUACUAAACCUGAUGGUCAUCUCAAAUCAAUUUCUCCUCCAUCUGCAGUUUUUCAAGUUGUUCAUAUGGAUUUUUGGGGUCCCGUUCGUACAUCAUCUAGUGGAAAUCGCUAUGUGAUUAUUCUCACAGAUAAUUUAUCUAAGUACGUGAUUGCUGAUGCUUUACCUGAUUGCACUGCAAAAUCUGCUGCUCAAUUUCUCAUUGACAAAUUUAUUCUUUUUCAUGGUGUACCAGAACGUCUUAUCACCGACAAUGGCACUCACUUUAAUAAUCAUCUUCUUCACGCGAUCACUACUUCUAUGAAUAUUGCCCAUGCGUUCUCAAUUUCUUAUCACCCCCAAACAAAUGGGCAAGUCGAACGUUUCAACGCUACUUUCGCAUCUCAGAUUGCGAAAUAUUGUGAUCCCGAUCGCGCUGACUGGGAUGUUUAUCUCCCUUCAAUUGUAUAUGCUUAUAAUACUAGUGUUCAUUCCACUACUAAGUUCACUCCAUAUCAACUCGCUUUUGGUCGCUGUCCUAAAAGUCCGUUUGAUUCGGUUUCUCCUACUAUCACAUUACCCCCUGCUCAUGCUUUUUAUCCUUAUUUACAGCGCACUCGCCAUCUUCUUACAGUACAAGCACGAGAAAAUAUUUUGAAAUCUCAAUCUCGUUGGAAACAACGAUACAAUGAAAAUCGCCGUAAUCCGUUUUAUCGUCUUGAUGAUCUCGUUUAUGUGCAAGUUUGCGCUGGUCGUGCGAAACUUGAUGCUCGCUGGCUCGGACCAUGUACUGUGAUUCAACUAUCCGGUCAACAAAAUUAUCUUGUUCGUGAUAAUUUGACUGGUCGAACUGAUUGGUAUCACGUCAGUCAGUUACACCCUGUUGUUGAACGUCAUUCAUACUAG